UCACUCGAUCGAAAUGAUAAGAAAUUCUUCCUGCAACUGAAUGGUCAUUGGUUCGAAUUUGUAUAUACCCCUACUCGGAAAUUUUUUCUCCAAACCCAUGGGGGGUGCAAAGCACCCCCUCCUCUCCAAAUGGCUCUGCCACUGCUGCCACCCCCAAGAGGGACGAGACCUAGCAGCCGCAGUCAUGAAGGACCCUUGAGGAAAGUACUUGCCUUUAUAAAUCUUGGCAAGAAGCGAAUGAGGUUCAUUAAGAAUACGGCAGCCUAUCUUUGCCAGAAGAGCUUCAUUGAAAUGUUCAAAUUGACGAAAUCCCAUCCCCCCAUCAUGCUUACUCCUGCACAUGUUUCGCCAGGACACUCAUCUGAUCUUGGGACUACCUUCCUCAACCCCCCACCAAAAGCGGGCCACAUGUCUAUCAAGAAGCCGACAAAGAGCUAGGGGGAGACGAAAACAAGACAUAACAUGCAGGGGCAGGGCCAACUUUAUGAAUUUAAUCAAAGUUUCCUUCGCCGCCCACGAUAACGUCCUUUGUUUCCACCCCUGUAGUCUUUCACGAAGUUUAUCCUCCAAAUAUCUGAACGUAACCAUUUUGAAUCGAGCGACCAACAUGAAAAGCCCCAGUUAGACUAGACACAUUUGUUCUUUGCAGUGAGCACAUAGCGAACUAUUCUUUCGCCUUUCCAACAUCAUUUGUCGCCUCAAUAUUUGGACAAAAUUCCAGUUAAGCGCAAUAACACUUCCCGCUAAAUAAGGGCACAAGCAAACAAGCAAAGCAUGCUGCAAAACCCGCUAUGAUGAAACAUGUUUAGGCAAUAAAGUAGUUCUUAAUCAAUGUUCCACUUAAUGAAUUAAAAUAUAUAUAGUGAGUUAGUUGAAUGACAAUUAAUUACUAAUCAGACCACCAUUAGUGAAUUAGCAACAACUACCUCUAUCUUGACAACAUAUAGUUUUCACCCUUACAUUUCGAAAAGGGUUAUCCUUACUCCUUAGAGGGCAUUAAUGAAUAAUAAAUAGUAACGGAUGGGUAAAUUACAACUAUUACCCUCUAUAAAUGAAAAAUGGAGAAAUGUGCAUUGGAAUUGAUGAGCGGCUGGACCAGUAGAAUUAUCAAACCAAUUACAAAUAUCGAUUUGGUAAUUUGCUUUAUCGGUUUGACAUGAAACCAUGUGAACCACCUCAGUUUGACCGGUCCUCUUGUUCACUAUUUUAAUCACUCAAAAUUGAAGAAAAAAAAAUAUUAUAAUGCAAACUAAGAUUAUCCAACCUAAAUUACUAAUAUUAUUUAUGCUUCGUGCUCUUUGUUUCGCAGCCUCCUUGUUGACUUUAUGUGGUCCACUAUGAACUAACUUGCCGCCUUGAUUACUAGCUUGAAUUUAGUAAAAGAAUUUAUUAUUACUUUUUUUAGAUAGUCUGAAUGAUUUGUUAGAACUUUUGGUCAAGGAUGAUACAAAGUUAAAAUUGUUUAUGGUUAAUGAUAGAUUCAAUUAUAAAUAAGUGUAUUAUAUAUGUCUUUAAAACACAUGAACUAACCUAUCAACUAAAGGUGCUAUAACAGUUAGCCGUUGAACCAUAAACUACUAACUUUUUUCAUUUCAGCAUCCGAUCUGAUUCUUAAAACAGAGAAACCAUGUUCCAAUGCUCCAUUAUUGCGUCACCCUAUUGUUAUGGUACUUCUAAUCCAUAACAAUUAUAGCUAAUUAGUUUAAUAGUUUCAGUAUUGAGGGUGAUAUUAGAGCUAACAACAGCAUAGUUUGGCUCUAUAGUAGUAGUUACUCAAUUUCUAAACGUGGUUAACUCCAGCAUUGUUUGAUUGCUUAAGAAACAUUGUAAUUUUGA